CGAUGAUGUCACUGGCGCGCCGGAAGUCUCGGGGUUCGGCCAGGAGGUUGCAACUGUGGAAUUGGCGUUUUCCCCAAACCUGGGCGGCCUCCUGGAGGAACCAUGUCUCCCACUGCUUUGGGUGCCGCCUGUUGCAAGGCUCACACACCGCUGCCUAAGAGGAGCUACUAGAAAGGAGCUGUUUGCUAAAAAGGAGCUGAUUUCUCUGCAUGUUGGGAAGAGGGAUGCCAGAGUUGUCAGCUGAAAUAGUAUCCAAUCAGGAGAAAAGAUGUAAGCUGGAUACCUUGAAUUACCUGGGCUUGCAGGAAAAAGAUACCCCAAAGGCACAACACAGCAUUCACCUUGAAGGGAAGUACUAAGAAGCCUCUGGAAUGCCCCACUAAAAGGCCAUAGUGCUCUGUGCUUCAAGGAUGGACUUCUUGGCUCUCUUUUUAUUCUACCUGGCUUUUGUGCUGAUCAGUGUUGUUACAAUCUGCAUCUGCUCAAAAAGUCAUCGUUUGAUGUGCUUGGUCCAGGAUGGAGCACAGCUAUGUUCCUGUAUUAUUCCACAAUGCCUUCAGAGAGCCAUGCAAAGAUGGCUUCAUUACUUCUUCCACACACGCAACCACGCUUUCGUUAUCCUGCACCUGGUUUUGCAAGGGCUGGUUUAUAUUGAGUAUACCUGGGAAGUAUUUGGCUACUGUCAAGAGCUGGAAUUCUCAUUGCCUUACAUUCUUCUGCCCUAUCUGUUCCUGAUUGUAAACCUAGUUUUCUUCGCCCUAACUUGUUUAACCAAUCCUGGCACUGUAACAAAAACAAAUGAAUUAUUUUAUCUUCAAGUUUAUGAAUUUGAUGACGUGAUGUUUCCAAAGAACGUGAAUUGCUCUACUUGUGGUAUAAAGAAACCAGCUCGAUCCAAGCACUGCAGUGUGUGUAACCGCUGCGUGCACCGUUUUGACCAUCACUGUGUUUGGGUAAAUAACUGCAUUGGGGCCUGGAACACCAGGUACUUCCUCAUCUACCUCCUAACGCUGAGCGCGUCAGCAGCCGCCGUGGCCAUCCUGAGUGGAGCAUUUCUGGUCCGCUUGGUGAUAGUGUCAGACCUGUACCAGAAAACGUACAUCGAUGACUUCGGACAGCUCCAGGUUAUGGACAUAGGCUUUCUUAUUCAGUACCUGUUCCUGACCUUCCCAAGGAUUAUCUUCUUGCUGGGCUUCAUCGUGGUGCUGAGCUUCCUCCUGGGGGGCUACCUGUGUUUUGCUGUGUACCUGGCUGUUACCAAUCAGACCACGAACGAAUGGUGCAAAGGAGACCGGGCCUGGUGCCAGCACUGCCCCCUGGUGGCUGGGCCCUCAUCAGCCGAAUCCCAGAGCUACCGGAACAUUUACUCCCGCGGACUUUGGAGCAACCUCCAAGAGAUCUUUCUACCUGCAGGCCCAUGUUAUGAGAGAAAGAAGAAAUAAAUGCAAACAGUGUUACUACCUUUAAAA